AUGCAGGACACCUCACGGGCGUCCUACACCCCUCUGGGCCCGCAUAGGGACGUAUUCCACGUGCGUGUCAGUGAAGCUGUCACAUUUCUGACGGCCUACUUGCCCCAUACCUGGACAACAUGGUCCCUGAAACAGACAAAACUCAUCCGCCCGCCGACAGCAACAGGGGACCCUGCGCCACGACAGACAGACCCCUGGUACGUGUACAAGCUGGCGGCGUUCGUCUCGCUGGGAGCGCUGCUAUUCGGCUACGAUCAGGGCGUGAUGGGGAUGAUCGUGGCUGACCAGCGGUGGAAGGACUUGAUGAAGCCGCAGAACUCGUGGGUAACCGGAGCCGUGGUCUCCAUGUAUGACAUCGGCUGCUUCAUUGGCGCAAUGUCCACGGGCAUUCUGGCGGAUUGGUACGGCCGCGAGCGCAUGCUGGCCAUAGCCAGCGCGGUCUUCAUCAUCGGCGCCGUCCUGCAAGCCGCAUCAUACACCAUCGUCCAGAUCAUCAUCGGCCGUAUCGUCCUCGGCUACGGCGUCGGAGGCUGCGCCGCCGGCGUCCCCCUCUACCAGUCCGAAAUCGCCCCAUCCACCCUGCGCGGCCGUCUCAUCGGCAUCGAGCAGAUGGUCCUCUGCACCGGCGAGCUCAUCGCCUUCUGGCUCAACUACGCCUUCUCAUACCUGCCCACUAACGACUGGUGGCGCAUCCCGCUCGCCAUCCAGGUCCUCCCGGCCAUCGUCCUGGGCCUCGGCUGCUGGGUCUGGGUGCCCCCGAGUCCGCGGUGGCUCGUCGCGCAGAACCGGCCGGACUGCGCGCGCGAGGUUCUCACCCGCCUGCACGGCGCGGACGUCGCCGCCGCCGAGCUGGCGCAGAUCCAAGACACGAUGCGGCUGGAGAGACACACCGCUGCAUCGUGGAGGGGUAUGUUCCGCCGGCCGAUCCUGCGGCUGACCCUGCUGGGCUGCGGGAUCCAGGCCUUCCAGCAGAUCACCGGGACGAACUCCAUCCUCUACUACUCUCCCUCCCUCUUCCAGAAAGGCGGCAUCACAGACUCCCGCACCGCGAACCUCGCGACAGGCGGCAUCGGGAUCGCCCUCUUCAUCAGCUCGUGGAUCCCGAUCUUCUUCUUCGACCGCCUCGGCCGCAAGCGCUGGCUGCAACUCGGCACGGUGGGGAUGACGGGCGCGAUGAUCGGCAUCGCCGUGCUGCAGUGGCACGCGGGCGCGCACCCCGGCGCGCGCGGCAACUACGCCAUCGUCAUCUUCCCGUAUCUGUUCUACGUGUUCUUCAACGUCAGCUGGGGCGUCGCGGCGUGGACGUACCCGUCCGAGAUCUUCCCGCUGUCGAUGCGCGCCAGGGGCAAUGCGCUCGCCACCGCCGCGAACUGGACCAUGUGCUAUGUCGUUGCGCAGGCGUCGCCGCCGCUGGCUGAGGCCAUCGGAUGGGGGCUGUAUGUGGUGUAUGCGGGGAUCUGCGUGGGUGCGUUGUGGUUUGUGACGGUUGCGUUGGUGGAGACCAGGAAUCGGUCAUUGGAGGAGAUGAAUCGCGUGUUUGGGUUGGAGGGGUAUUUUGCGGAUUCGAGGUGUUUGAUUCCGAAGGACCCUGAGGAUGAUGAGGGAGAGUAG